CGAGGCUGCAGAUUCUCAAUACGGCGGCACGAUGGCUUGGCCCAUCGUCUCGAGUAUUCCAAGACUAAUGUUAGGUGGUGACAGGGAAAAUUGGGCGCCUUGUACUGUGCGAGCAGGGCGGUCUCUGAUGACAUCUGAGAGUAGAUGUCAAUGGGCACAAACGUGCUCAGGAGAUCGACAGUAGGAGGCGAGCUGUGGUUGUGCGAUGGCCGGCCGUGGUUUUGCCUGGAGCAUCUGCCUCAUUGCCGGCUUCCUGACAGGCUCGGUGGUCCUGGCACUGCUGGCCCAGGGCGGCUGGUACGCACGCCAGCACGCUGCGCCCGCCCUCACUGAGCAGGAGUGGAACCAGGUGAUCGUGCAAUGGGAGAGCCUCAAGGGGCGCUCGUCUCAAAGCAGCGCAGAGUCGUGCCGCCGGGUGGAGUAUGCGGGCAGUGACAUCCUGGUGGACGGCGUGCGAGUUGGGAGCACGCUGAGCGGCGUGCAGGCGGGAGGGGGGGGCCUCCUGGGGACGUUGAGCCAGCUGGUGCGGGGCAGGGACGCUGCAGACAGGGGCCCCAGGGGGGUGGCGCAGGCAGCGCAGCGCGGGAGCCACAGCACGCGGUGUCACCCGGCGUGCAGCAAGCAUGGCACGUGCAACGAGGAGCUGGCCCGCUGCGACUGCCCCGCCAGCUUCUCCGGCCCCGACUGCAGCGACCCCGCAAUGCCCGCGUGCUGGCUGACCCCCGAGUACGCCACCACCUGCGCACAGCCCACAACGUGCCAGUGCACCCUCCAGUGCCAGCAGUACGCGUUUGCUGCGUCGGAGCCCUGCUUUGAUGCAGACGACAUCCCCCCCUUCUCGGACAACCUGAGCGACAUCUACGCCAGGCCGCAGAUGCUGCUGCGCACGGAUGGCAAGGGGAAAGAAAUCGCGCCGCGGUGGCCCCCUCCUGAGGGCCCGUUCCGCCCGCCCCACAGGGUGCGGGACAUUGACGACUGCCCCAGCUCGUGUCACUACCGCGGCGCCUGCACGGAGGGCGGCACUUGCAUGUGCUCCAUCAACGACGCGGGGAUGGCGUGCGAGGCCCCGGUGCAGCGGUGGGACGCCCCCUGGGUCACCUGCUUCAACCGCUGCAGUGGCCGCGGGCGCUGCCUGCACGGCUUCUGCCACUGCCGCCCCGGCGCCUGGGGCAUCGACUGCAGCCUGUCCUGGGCCGAUGGCGGCACUCCCGAGGUGUGGCUCGACCAACGAACGCGCCUGCCGCGGGCGGGAGCGGCGGUGCGGCCGCGCAUCUUUGUGUACGAGCUGCCGCCGUGGCUCAACGUGUGGCUCAUGACGCACUCCCUUGUGUCGCUCGACCGCCACGAGCCGCACCAGUUUUUGGAGCGGCUGCUGCACUCGCCGCACCGAACAACGGACCCCGAGACGGCGGACUUCUUCUUUGUGCCCGCCUGGCCGCGGUGGCGGCUCAUUCGCGGCGUGUACACACAGCGCGUGGUGGACUACAUCAGUGCCACGUGGCCGUACUGGAAGCGCCACGGCGGAGCCGACCACCUCUUUGUCAUGACCGACGACUGGGGACCCUGCGACGAGGGCGGGGAGCGCAUGCGCGCGCUGGCGCCGGCCAUGCUGCUGAACCUGUGGGGCUUCACGGGCACCAUGAGCGACCGCGACCCGGUGGCCGACCCGCUGCGCGCGUGCUUUGCGGUGGGGCACGACAUCGCCAUCCCGCCCAACAUGGACUGGAACAUCAACAAGCACGACAAGCUGGCGCGCUUCAGCCCGCUCAUCGACCCCGAGCUCGCCCACCCGCGCCAGCGCACCGCCUACUUCUCCGGCUCCUCCGGCCGCCGCCAGGAGCUGACGGGCGGCGGGGCGACGGACUACAGCUUCGGCAUUCGGCAGGCAAUCUUCGACUUGUACGAGGCGCGCCAGGAGGAGCUCAACUGGCGCCUCGCGGAGCCGCCGGACCCGUACCCCGACUACCUGCACAUCAUGGCCGACACCGUCUUCUGCCUGGGGCCGCCCGGCCACGGCUGGGGCACGCGCGCAGUGCAGGGCGUCCUCAUGGGCUGCAUCCCCGUCAUCAUCGCGGACCACAUCGUGCAGCCGUGGGAGGGCGACCUGCUGGACUGGGCGGACUUCAGCCUGCGCGUGGCCAACGCGGACCUGCCGCGCCUCGCGGACAUCCUGGGAGCCGUGACCCCUGCCGAGAUCGCGCGCCUGCAGGCGGGGCUGGCCGCAGUGUGGCCGCGCUUCCUGUGGCACAGCGCACUCGAGAGCCCACUGAACGAUCACGAGCUCAAGCCGAGCCUACGCUCCAAAUUGAGGGAGGUUCUCGAAAACGAGGAUGCGUUUUCCAGUAUUAUUGAGAUCCUUAAGCAAAGGCUUGUCAAAAAGGAGGAUGUUGGUAAACGAAAACAUUGA